AUGGAUCGAGAAAUACAGUACGUCCUUGGGCUAAAAGCUGUCCGUGAACGAGCCCAUAGAGUCCUGCAACUCGCAGAGGAAGGUCGGCUGAAUCACUUUGAGUACCAUCCCGAUCGCCUCCAGGAUGCGGUACAAUACGUGAUCAAUAUUAUCAAGCGCGACUUUGGCCCAGACAAGUACCACCUCAUCCCGCCACAUGGCCGCUGGCAACACUUUGAAGUCGGCGGCGUCAGUCGCCCUGAGAGUCUACUGAAGCAGUGGAAGAGUGACGGCGCGAAUCCACUUGAGCAGACACGUGGAUUGUUAGACUUAUUCUUCGUCUCGGUGCUACUUGACGCGGGAGCAGGUGACAGAUGGCGGUUCACUGAACCAGACACGGAUAUCGUUGUUGGCCGUAGCGAGGGGACCGCAUUAGCCUCGUACAAUAUGUUUGUAAAUGGCGACUUUUCGACUGUUGAUAGUGAGAGAAGGGAUGUUGUGAUGGGGCAAGCCCUCAAGGACUUUGACGCUGCAACUCUGCAACGCGGUUUCCAGAUAGACGAGAAGACGAAUCCCCUCGUCGGAGCGUCUUCUCGCGUGGAACUACUACGGGCCUUGGGCCAGUCACUCCUGAACCUUCCAGAGAUAUUCGGCCCGGCCGGUCGACCAGGAAACCUAGUUGACUACCUACUUUCUCAGUCAUCAACCACAAAAGAAAUCAACUACGAAACCCUCUGGACCACACUGCAAACUGUCCUCCUGCCCGUGUGGCCCUCAUCCCGCACCCACAUCGACGGCCGCCCCCUCGGCGACGCCUGGCCCCUCCAAGUCCUCGCAGAUGAUGCUCAGGGAACACACCAAAACUCCAAAUGCGCGCACAUCCAGCCCUUCCAUAAACUCACACAGUGGUUGGCGUACUCCCUGACGGUUCCCUUCGAACGCCUGCUGGGCGUGAAAUGGACGAAUAUGGAUCUCGGCACUGGUCUCCCAGAGUACCGCAAUGGAGGCCUGUUUGUUGACCUUGGUGUUCUAACACUGAAGCCUGCUGCGGAAGAACAUGGUCGACACAAUUCUGGAUCGACACUUCCGGCAUUUGAGGCGACGUCGGAUGAGAUUGUGGAGUGGCGCGCGAUGACGGUUGCACUAUUGGACAAGUUGCAUGAGCAAAUUAUGAACAGUGAGGUGUUUUCCGGGGUUAGGCUGCGCCUUGCCCAGGUUCUAGAAGCUGGGAGCUGGAAGGCUGGACGGGAAUUGGCGGCUGAGAAGAGGCCGGAGACUAGAUCAAGCCCGAUUUUGAUACUGGGUGAUGGGACACUGUUUUAA